AUGGCACCGGGAGUCCACCUAGUAGCAUACGCGGACGAUGUCGUCAUCGUGAUAGUUGCACGGGACGGUCGUUGGGCGCAGCUCCGGCUGAAUCGAGCUCUAGGACAGAUUACAGACUGGUUACGGGGACGAGGGCUAAACCUAGCUAUACAGAAGACCGAACUGACGUACCUGACACGAAAGCACAUUGACAGGAAUGUGCAAAUAACAGUAGGCGGGACCCAGAUGGCGACCAGAGGCGAGAUCAGGUAUCUCGGUGUUUACCUGGAUACGAGGCUGACGUUCUGGUCGCACAUCAGGCGCGCCGUAGACAAGGCAGCUUCAAAAACUGCAGCACUCAGUCGCCUUAUGGCAAACACGAGAGGACCAAAACAGAAGACGCGAAAACUACUGAUGACAGUAACCCACUCGAUUCUCCUGUACGGAGCCGAGAUAUGGGGAGGCGCGAUGGAAGUAAAGAAAUACCGACAGGCCAUGCUGUCGGUGCAAAGACGGGGGGCUCUUCGUAUCGCGUGCGCGUACCGAACAGUCCCCGAAUCGGCGGUGUUAGUUAUUGCCGCUGUGAUUCCCAUAGACCUCUGA